ACGCGGCAAUACCGAUUCAAGGCAAAGUAGGAAGAUAUAAGUACAAUAAGCUCGUAGUCCUCGGUAGUUAUGAUUCCGUGCAAUUGUGGUGGCUGAAGUGAGUCUUAGGCACGCGGCGCUGCCUUGAAUCUUUCCCCACGGGUGUGCUUCAGUCAUGUGAGCUGCUGUGACCCACUCAUUGUGAGGAUAAUCAUGGGGACCACUGAGACACUGAUCAGCACUCACUUCUUCAAGAGUGUAAGUCUGAAAGAGGUGAAGGAGCUACUUCCCCCGAACCACUGCAUCAAGCAUCUUGAUGACACUGUUGCUACAGGACUGCAAGAGACUGGUUGCUACUUUGUGGCUAUCUUAAACUUUUUUGCUGGCAAGACAAAACGAAAAAACACUUAUGUAGUACGACUCACCCUUUUACCAGUGCUAGAGGAUGGCAGCACAGAUGGAAGGAAGCUGGAGUGCUUUAUGUGUGAUCCAUACUGCAAGGAGUUGGAGGAGAAUCUGGCAGCAGAGCUAGGAACUCAAGGCACCUGGUCUGCAGACAGGGCAGGGGGUAAUAAUAAAGUGGUUUGGGUGGUGCUGCAUCGCCCCUUCAUUGUGCCUUCCAGGGGUUCAUGCAGAGACUUGAACCCACUGUGCUUUGUUGUGAGUCCUAAAAAGAGUCCCUGUUGUCAGAUGUGGCUACUUUUAGGAAUAACACCCAGAGAAGUUGCCCCUUCCCUUUAUUCCGUCACUGAAACCUCCCUUCUUCCACCAUCACAUAUAGAUCAUGCAUUUGUAACUAAGCCUUCAAAUUCACAUAAGGACUCAGUCCCAGCCAUAAUGUCUGUCCAAGCUGUAAGCCCUGCCCAAGCUGCAUCUUAUGACCCCAAGUAUAUACUCAAACCACUCUCCAAAGCAGUUGCAGAUUACAAGAUAUCAGUAGCAGGUGUUGUGAUAAAUGUGAAAAUGGGAAUGCUCACCAUGAACAAAACCACCUAUGACAUCAUCAAAGUGGCAGACAAAGGAGUCACUGGUUCCACAUCCAGCCCAACCAGUAUGGUGAUUAAAGUGCUUCACAAUGAUAAGGUGGACUGGCCAAAGGAUGGCAUUCCAAAGAGGGGCCAUGUGGUGGUGCUGAAGGACAUGAUGUGCCAGCAGUACAAUGACAGGAUGGAAGGCGUAGUGUACAGCACCGGGAUGGUCUGUGUCUGCAAGUGUGAUGAAGAGAACCACCUCACCUGGUACUCAAGCACACCAGGGUGCCCACACAACAUAGAGAAUGCAGAGGAAAUAGCAGGGAAGCUGUUUAACUGGUUCAGGCAACACAGCAUCCAGCCUCCCUCUCAGACUGCUGCUGGGCUUCCUACUUAUAAAAUUUCAGAUGUUAAUGGCAAAGGACAUUUUAUCUUGAACUGCCAGGUGGUGAAGAAGACUAUUCACCCUGCUCCUGCAUGCCCCAUGGUUGUCUUGAGGGUGCGUGAUGGCACUCGCUCACCAUUCAAGUUUGAGGAGAUCAACUACAACCCCACUAAAAGAGACAGGGAGCUGGUGAUGGGGGUCCGUGGCAGCCUGGAGGUAGAUAUCCUGGUAAAAACCAAUGUUAUUCCACCAGAACUGGAUGAACUGGAGCAUGGUAGCUUUGUGCAGCUUAGAGGUGUGGAGUGUGACUACCUGUAUGGUGACUGUUGGAAGUUGAUGUUUAUGAUGACAAAUGAUGAUAUUUACAUAAAGGUGCUGGGAAAUGAUGAUCCAGAGCUACUACUCCUUAAGAACAGUGUGCUGGAGGCAACAGAUGAGGGAAAAUCACCAGCAGUGGACAACCAUGAUGAUGGUUGCUCUUGGGAUGCCAAAAAUAAGGACCACAGCUCUAGCAUUACUCCACCGCACAAACGACAGCGAUUGAACUUAUGCACCUCAGGGUCCUCCAGUCACACCACCUCCAUCAGACAGCCUCUCCAUCCAUCCUCUCAGUCCCACGCCUCCUCCCCUCAAUCUUCUAUCACUAGGCAACCUCUUGAUCCCUCCUCCUUUCAGUAUGACUCUUCCAGGCCAACAGUCUAUAUCUCCUCCCCUCAGCCUUCCACUUCAAGGCAGUCUCAAGAUCCUUCCUCACAUCCUACCACCUCCAAGCAGCUCCUCCAACCUUCCUCUCCAGAGUUCCUCGCUACAAGACAUCCCCUGCUACAUUCCUCCCGAAAAAAUCUUAUCCAUGACCAGUCAUGCUCCACCAUCUCAGCUCACUGUGGUGCCUUAGAGGAGGUGCAGGAGAUCAGGACUGCCAAGUGUCAGUACUUAAGCCUGGAGACUUUCUUCUAUGAAGGAAAGGUUGGAGAAAUUUAUCAUGUAAAGGCUGCCAUCACAGACAUCAGAGCCAUCACAAAACAGGAGUGUCCCAUUUGCAGAGGUCCAGAUAAUAUGUGUGUCCACCAGUGGUUGUGGGGGUUCUGUCAAAAUUGUGACAACACAUUCUCCUGCAUCGAACUCAUCUGCUUGCACUCACCUAGAGAGCUGUAUUCACAGAAUUCACUUCACUGCACAAAUUGCAUUCAGCAGCAUGGGUUCUACAACAAUGGAGAACAACUACCAUGUUGUGAAAAUGAUCACGGGUUGGUACCUCAUCACCUGACCUCCACUGUUCGUCCCUUUAUCAAGGCAAAAGUUGUGGUAAAGAAUCCUAAAUCAGGCUUCCAACAGACAGCAUGGCUCACUGGAGACAAUGCCAACCAGUUCUUUGGUGUGAGGCCUACUUUUAGAUGGCUACAGCAGGAGCAGGAGAUGCAAGAGGCAGUAAAAGCUUUACUUGUACAGGGAAAAUAUUCACUGGCCCUGAAGAUGGUGAAGAAAGAGGUGGAAGGUUACAGUCCAUACUGAUACUCGUAAGCCACAGGGCUGCUGCUGAGUGAUGAUGAACUACAUAGAGCAAAGUUAUUCUGAAGCUUUAGUCAUGAGUGCAUUACCUACUAUCAGUGGUAAGGUUUCUCAGAUUGUCAGGUACAACAUGUAUAUAUAUAAUGAAGAUAGGUAUACAUGAUGACUUUGGUGAGGAAUAAAAAGAGGGAGAAAAUCUUAAUUGGAAGAUAAAAUAGGGCUUUCAGUGUUUGGGAGGGUGCAGGGAUACACCAGGCUAUUUUUCAAAUGUGUGGUGACAUUUGAGAGAAAAACAAGUUGCAAUAAUUAAUUUAACUUCAAAAGGAAUUACUUAUUUAACUCAAGAAUCCAACAAAUGGCCCAACAGAUAUCUUUUAUUAUACAUUAAGGUAUUCAGUCACAUGUACAGCUGUGAUACAAAAUGUUGCAAUUUGUCAGCAUUUAUUCUGGAAAUGUACAUUUGUAAUGCCUCUUGUGACUGGCUGCACCAUUCCCUCACUCACUCAGUUUCCUUGUCACUCAUACUUGCCUUGGCAUUAUAUGUUUAUUAUUCAUCAUAACUCCUGUUAACCAAUCACUUUCAUAGAAAUAUACUGUGUACACUGAUGAAUAUAUUAGGCAUCUAAAGCCAGAGUGACGUAAGCAAUCUAAUUAUUAUUUUUAUUGCAUUGUCUUCCCCAAUCUUCCUAUCAUGAUGGGAGAGAGCACAGAUGUCAGAAUAGACCCUGAAAUAGGGUUAAAAAUCCAUCCAAGUUAAAACUAUCCACAGAACCUUUUUGCCAUGCUUGAGUGAAAGCUUUCAGUUGCUGGGGCCAGAGAGAAGUAACCCCAUCAUCACAGCAGCGCAGGAAGAGCCAGGCAAUGACAGCUCAUGCUACGAGUCAUGUAUUUUGCCAAGGCACAACCACACCAACACACUUCACAGUUUCCCUCCCUCCAGCCUGCUUGCUACCCUUGAAUGACAGGCUGGUGUCUCAAUUUUGCUUUUACACAACAUGUAAGCUUUUCAUUAUUAUGGCGGGCAACAGUGUACCCCCUGAGGAGCAAGGACCCUCCAGAGGAAGAAAAAUGGAAGAAAAUUAUCACUAAAAGAUGAAAAAGCAUGAGGGAAGCCUAUGUGAGCUUUGGAAGCAUCAGAUGAUUUUAUUAUUUCUUUAUAUUCUAUUAUCUUUUAUACCAGUAUAUUUUCAUAACAUUUAUUAGUUCUUUUGUCUUAUUUCCUUCCAGUUUCAUUUUUUAAGCUUGUAUCAUUCUUCUCAUUUGUGUUCAUCUUAGGAACUAUUUUUCUUUUUUUUUUAUGUAGGAGGGACACCAGCCAAGGGCAACAAAUCCAAUAAAAAAAAAAAAAGCUGACUGAUAUGCCGGUCCCCAAAAAGGGUUCAAAGCGGUAGUCAAAAAUUGAAGAAGUGUCUUGAAACCUCCCUCUUGAAGAAAUACGGAAGCAGGCAGGGAGUUCCGGAGUUUACCAGAGAAAGGGAUGAAUGAUUGAGAAUACUGGUUAACUCUUGCAUUAGAGAGGUGAACAGAAUAGAGGUGAGAGAAAGAAGAAAGUCUUGUGCAGUGAGGCCACAGAAGGAGAGAAGGCUUAGCAAGAUUAGAAGAGCAGUUAGCAUGAAAAUACCAGAAGAUAGCUAGAGAUGCAAUAUUGUGGUGAUGAGAAAGAGGCUGAAGACAGUCAGUUAGAGGAGAGGAGUUGAUGAGACGAAAAGCUUUUGAUUCCACCCUGUCUAAAAGAGUGGUAUGAGUGGAACCCCCCCAGACAUUUAUGUCAUGAUUUUGCUUCAUAAAAUUGAUAAGUUCACUAAAAAGAAGACUUCAGUGGUUGAUUCCCCUGUUAGUAUAUAGAAAAUCAAACUUGAUAGAAUAAAGGAAAUACACAAUGUGUGGGUGCUAGAUACAAUUUUAGUGUAGCUAGAUACAAUUUUAAUGUAGCUGUGUUAUAUCUUUAAAAUCAUAUCGAAGAAAAAUGCAGUCACCUAUUUAUUUUUAAUAAUGUAAUUUAAUUGUAACUUCAUAAUAUAAUUCAACUAAAUAGCUGUAAAUAGUUCUGAAUGUUUUGAUACAAGUCAUUGCUAUCUCAAUCCAUUGAAGAGAUAUUGCAUUUUGAAACUCACAAAACUGAGUCUUUUUUUUUUUUUUUUUUUUUUUUUUUUUUUUUUGCACUUACAUCACUGGCUCUAGGGUCCUCAUAUAUGGUCAAUGAAGAUUUAUUUUGUGGUCUGAACACAUAGCUAUUAUGAUAGGUGACAGUAAUGACUCACUACUACUACCCAUUAUAAAUGACCACAAUAUAUUCAUUAUUAUAGAAAGCAAUGUUUUCAUACAAGUGAGUAAAAAAUCCAGUAGAAAGUGUAAUUAUCUUUCUGGGUGAAUUAAUUACUGUGUUUUCACAUAGGUGACUGUAGUUAUAGUUUAACAGUUAGCUGUCUGUACUGAUUCUUGUCUUCACUUAUUCCAAAAAGAGGUUUAGUCAAUGUCUUGAUCUUAUUCUUGCCUGUACGAACCUCACAAUUUGGACUGCACUUACUUUAUUUAAAAAAAAGUAUGCAUCCAUCAAUUCAACUUAAUGAAAUCAUAAAAAAGUCUACUUGCCUUUCAUGAUUCUUAAAUUAAGUUGCAUACUUUGCUCCUGACCUUACAAUGAAGCCUCUCCUGAACUCUAAAGACCUUCCCAUUUCAGUGUGAGACAGUUCAUUGCUUCAGCUCCCUCAAAGAUGUAUGUACAGCACAUUUUAUGUUGGAGGCAAUUGCCAGGAACAACCUCUUUCCUGCAUGUGUACAUUUCUCACUUACUCAUCUGCUCCUCAUUUUCCCACAUGAGUAGCUUUUAAAACUGGAGUGAAAGUAAACUAAAUUCAACUUUUCCAUGGCUUUAAUAAAAACAUCUGCAUCUUCCUUUAAAACUAUGGAAGAGUUUCCUUGACAACAAGUGGCAGGGACAACAAACUGGGUAUGAGGAGAAGGAAGCAGCAGGCUUUUGGGAGGUUUGCCUUAGACCUUGUUGAAGGCUGCCACAUCCACACUUUGCACGAAGUCUUCAAAUUCCAUGAUCUUCUCAAUCAAGUCGUCCACUGAUACCUUAGCAUCUUCCACUGUACAGAGAAUGCUCAGUUUCAUGAUGCCAAAUGCAAGAGGAUUGAGCUUAC